CUAAUGUUCAGUACUGAAUUAAAACCUUGUAACAAUUGUAAUCAAUACAAGCAGUUAUGGGAUAAAGCCUAUUUGAACCUUUAACUUAAAUGACACAAAGAUAUAAUAUACAAGCAGAAUGUCCAUGAGGUUUGUGAUGAAAGAGAAAUGGACAAUAUUUAUGUUUAUCAUACUGGUAUACAUUAGUUUCUGGACAUAUCAGGUUAAUAUAUUCCUAUCAAAGCCAAUGAAGAAUAGUUUUGAAGAGAAUAUGGCCCUUGUGCAUGAUACAAAUGAAAAGAAAGAACAAAAGUAUGGUAACAUGGCUCAUGUGACAGGUGACAAGUAUGUACAAUUGGAACAUGAAACACAUCACACAAAUGUCACAUUGGUUUUAAAUCAAAAUGUUAAGUUGGAAAAUGAAGAAACCAUAUCAGCAUCAAUUGAAAAUAACAAUUACAUAGAUGAACCAACAGAUAAUGAAGAAAAUGGUGAUAACCUACUCAUGGGAAGUGACCAACAGAGCAUAUGUGAACCAGAAAUAAUACAACAUGGCUCAAAUUAUAAAAUGGCCAAACAAACAUGGAAAUAUAAAAUUGUACAAUGGAUGCCAUAUCAGCGCAAAGUUGUUGGUCGUGAACUAAAGAAUACAAGCAUGGGUGAAUUCUGGCAGGUGGAUAACUGCUUGGUCAUUGAUCAUUUUGAUGUAGAAAAUGCUGAUGCUGUAGUUGUUCCUAUUAUGAGUCUGAAUCCAUAUGAAGAAUAUGCCCCACCAAGACAAUUUCCACCUAGCGAAACAAGAAAAGCAUCCCAAAUAUGGAUCCUCCUUCAUAAUGAUCAUCCUUAUUUUCUUUCAUCAAGACAAUGGGGAACAGAGUGUUUGGAUAAUUAUUUCAACUGGACAAUGACUUAUAGGUCAACGUCAGACAUUCAUAUACCUUAUGGGAAUUCAUUUCCAAAAGACAGUCCCACAGACAAUGGUAUAGACUAUACAAUUGGGAAAACAAAAAUGGUGUCAGCAAUGGUAAGUGGCUACCAAUCACAGAACUUCCGAAUGGAGUACAUAAAAGAAUUGGAAAACUACAUUCAAGUGGAUAUGUUUGGUAGAUAUGGAAUCCCAUGUUAUGGUCAUUAUUUUCAGACUUGCCCACUUUUAAAACUCUACAAGUUCUAUCUAGCAUUUGAGAACUCAAAUUGUGAAGAAUAUGUAACAGAAAAGCUCUGGUUAAAUGGUUACCAUAACAAUGUCCUCCCUGUUGUAAUGGGGGCCACAAAAGAAUUUUACACAUCUAUCGCACCACCUUAUUCAUAUAUCCACAUUGAGGAUUUUAAAACCCCUCAGCACCUUGCUCAUUAUUUGCGAUACCUGAACUCAAAUGACACAGCCUAUAACGAAUACUUCAAAUGGAGAGACACCCAUGAUUACUGCUACAGUUUAUUACAUUUAGGUAUGCAACCAUGGAAAGUCAUUUGCGAGAAACUGAACUCAUUCAAUGGGGAACAUAAAGUUUAUAAAAAUAUGAGCACUUAUCUGGAUCCAGAGUCCCAAUGUAGACCUGCUCAUUGGGAGCCAAAGGAGGAAAUUUCAAAGCAGUCAAUUGACUUCAUCAAAUAGCCUUAGUUAGUUAGCUCUGUUCUAAAGAAUGUAUAUGUAUUCUAUACCUGAGGUUCCAAGUACAUAACGAGCGGGAAUAUAUAGUGUAUCUUGGGAGCUACUGCCAAGGACCGGGCUUUUCAGGAGCUGGACCGGGAUGAAACAGCGUGUAUCCAUCCCGGUUCAGCUCCUGAAAAGUGAACUCAAUUUACGUUUUACUUAAUUUACGAAAUAAGGAUUAUCAAACUUAUACCGUUUCGGUAAUUUAAGUGAGGGAUUAAAUCGACGAUUCCGUUGUCUUCUAAACUAUUUGUUCGCAAAUGUGUACAUUUUCUUAAUCAUAUGAUACUGAUACACAUUUGUGAUAAAAAUGUUGUGGGAAUUCUGCCUACAAUGUGUGAAAUAAGGAAAAAAGAAAAAUUGUGCCUUCGACGUUCCGACAUUUUGUCACCGAAACGGUUCCAGCGUAAUCGAGUGGAUCACCAGUGAUACUAUAACGUAUUGUUCAAAAGUAUUUAAUUGAAGAAUUCCUUUACAAAAAUAGUUGAAGAUGAGAACGACCCACACAUUUGAGAAAACUUUAUGUGUAAAACUGUAGUAUCAGUAUUACCCUCAAAUAUUGUUGCCCAUGUCUGGCAUACUAUUUCCUUAUAC